CCGGGGGUGCACCGAGCUCCCGAUUGGCCCGCUGCUCUUUUCCUCCAGCUCGCUCACUGGUGGAAGUUUUCUCUCAAAAGGCUAAAUACUCUGGUGCUGCAGUUUGAAUUUACAGCCCGGACAGUGAGAGUGGGAGAAAACGGAACCCUAUUUACCCCUAAGACAAGCAACUCAACUUUUCAGGCAAGAAGAAAAGGCAAGAGGGAGAACCACUACUUCUGAAAAAAAACAGCUUGCUUUGUUAUUAUAUAUAUUUAUAUCAAAAGUUAUUGGAAGAUGGUUUCUGCAGUUUUGGAAGUUUUUGGCCUGGGACUGUGCGUCAUUGGCUGGCUACUGGUCAUGCUGGCCUGCGGGCUACCCAUGUGGAAAGUGACUGCCUAUAUUGACGCCAAUAUUGUGCUGGCCCAGACGGUCUGGGACGGUCUGUGGAUGACCUGCGUGGUCCAGAGCACGGGGCAGAUGCAGUGCAAGACGCACGAUUCCAUGCUGUCCCUCACCCAGGACCUGCAGGCAGCCCGCGCCCUCACCAUCAUCUCCUCAGUGCUCGGAGUCUUCGGGCUGCUGGUGACGAUCGCCGGGGCGCAGUGCACCAACUGCAUCCAAGGCGAAGGGUCCAAGGUGAGAAUCGUCAACGCGGGAGGAGUGAUCUUCAUCAUCAGUGGCUUUUUACUCUUGAUACCUCUCUGCUGGAUGGCCCACAGAAUCAUCGUGAAUUUCUACGACCCUAAAAUACCCGCUCCGAUGAAGCGAGAGAUGGGAGCCGCUCUGUACAUCGGCUGGGCAGCGACUGCGCUUCUGUUCGUCGGUGGCGGAAUGCUUUGUUGCUCUUGUCCCCGAAGAGGGGCCAGUUCUUAUGCGGUCAAAUAUGCGCCCCCAAUAAGAGCGGCUCAGAACGGGGAAUACGAUAAAAAAAAUUACGUUUAAUUUUUUAAUUUGAACUUUUGGAAUCCCCCCGUGGCGUCUGCACGGUCUCAACCACCUACUGGACUUGAAGAAUCUUCCAGCUCUCUCUACCUGUUCUCAACAUAGAAUACACUUGACGAAGUUAAGAUUUGUACAACGAAAAAAAAACAAAACAAAACAAAAAAACAAACACAAUUUUUUCACUUUUUAAAAGCAACAAUACAAAAACAAAGCAACUGAACAUAACACUUUCAGAAGAGUAAGAAGGAAAAAAGAAGAAAAAAACCUUUGAAAAAUAUUUUAUCGGCUUAUAAUAAACCAAGGACUUCGAGACAUUUUGUUGACAUUGAAAAGACACGCUUUUAAUAACCAGACUGUUCGUUUAUAAGGUACCCACCAGUAUUUACCACCAGUUUAUUCACGCAAUUAAGAUUGCGGGGUUUCAGUUAUGAACUAAUGUGUAUAGCCAUGGCGAUUUUGUUUUUUCUCUUUUUCAUAAUUAUACAACUGUAUUUGUACUUGAUAUAUUGUAUUGAUGUAUUCAGUUAUGUGUAUUCCCUAAUGCACUUAGACGCAUUUAAUGUAGGCAGUAAUACUGCUGUGUUUUCAAUAGGAACUUUGAAAGCAGAAAUGUGUUCAGUCGUCCAAUUGCAGUAUUAAUUGAUCCUAGUACAACUGAAAUCGACUGUGCGUAACAACCGCUCUAUAGCCCAGUCCACUGCAAUAUGACUGCAUGUUAAAUACGGCACAGUCCCACCACGCACACAGCUAGCUAAAAAGAGCAGACCGGCGCACUGUUUGAAGGGUUCACUGUAAAACCACAGCACAUGGUUACAGUCCUCCUUGUGAUGAACCCACAGUGCGCAUUAUGAGGAAAUCUCACUCAAACGUGCCUGCUGUAGUAAAUAACGGUUCUGUAGAGGACAUUCUAAGAGGCGCGCAACACGGUGCCUUGUCCGCAUUGAUGUAUUCCGAUGUAACCACUAAGAUCCAGCAGCCCUACUGCAGUUUAAUCAGACAGACAGCCCCCCGCUGCCAGUGGUAGAUGGUUGAAUCAGCAGGUGGUUCACGGGGUGUGCAGACCUUUACUGUACACGUAAACGCUGCGCAUUCCCUUUUGUGUCCUUGACUGAAAGCUUUUAUUUUUGUAUUAAAAAUGUAUUGCUUGACGCAUUCAGAGCUGUCUGAGUUGCUGUUUAGAGGAAUAAACUGUGAUGCUCAAA